CUUUGAUGUUGAACAGUCAGUGUUUGGUUUUUCGGGAUAGGUUUAAUGAGUUUAUGGGUUGGUUCCGUUCUCGUUGUAAAUUCAAAGGUUCUCCUAUUGGAGGGAUUGUAGAGACUUGUUUGCUUGAGCGUUGAAGUCCCUUGCUUGUUGUAGAGGUGCGGUACAAAGAAAAAUGUACUCACCUCUUGAUUUCUAGGAAAGAUAUCUAUGUUGUUGGGUACAAGUAUGGUGAACAUUGGUAUGCUUUUGAUGAGUCUGAGAUAAGGGUAGAAGGUGUGGUUCUUCUAAAAAAAAUCCAAAAGCAUGUAUCAACAUGAACUCAUUGAGAAAUUGGGAUGCCAAAAUCUGAAGGAAGCACUUUCUCUUUUGAAUAAUGAACUGGAACCCCAAAGGAAGUAUGGCUGCGAGCAUUUCUUUGUUUAUUUUUGUGAAGAUGCCCGAUUUCGAGCAAUACAGUAUCAGAUAUCCGAAGGUUUAAAGGUUGGACUAGGUAAAGAUUUCGAUGUUCCUUCUACGAGGGAUUUAAAGGUUUUUUCUUGGGUACAUUCUCCUGUUUAUCCAGAUAGGGUGGAUGAUAUUAUGAUAUUGGUGUCUCCCAAACACUCCUCUGAUUUUGAAGGGGAUAAAGACUGUUUUAAAUACCUGUGGGAUUUGAUUCACAAUUGGCGUAAGCUAUCUGAUGCAUGGUGUUGGGAAUUCUUUGUGCUUCAAGGGCUGCAGCUUCAUUUGAAGAAGCUGCUGAAAGCUCUUCUCAAGGAAGGGGAAGUGGUCAACUAUUGAAGUCCAGGAAAAGUCACAAAUGAGACUUGACCCCUUUUAAACAAUGCCUUCUACUCUCUCCUAUCAAACAACCCUAGUAUAACCCAAACUCAAUGAGGUCUUUAUAGCUCAAAGUUAAGUGUGGAAUGCUUGAAUAAAUCAAAUCUAGGGAU